CAAACUGUAAACCAGUCUAAUUCAGAACCAGGAAGAUGCAAUAUGGCGCAGGGUAGUAGAACCAGAUCAAAUCAGCAAGGAAUGAACCUUUCAGGCGUGAUAGGCGUCUUGCAGGGAGUUUUUACCCCAAAUAAAUUAGUUGUAGAUAAACGGACUAUAGAAAAAUCAUGGAAAUUAAUGGACAAAGUGGUGAAAAUGUGCCAACAUCACCGAAUGAACUUGCGGAACAGUCCACCGUUCAUUCUUGAUAUUCUACCGGACACAUAUCAGCACCUUAGACUUAUAUAUAAUAAGCACGAUGACAAAUUGCAUACUCUUAAUGAAUGUGAAUAUUUCAGGAUUUUUAUAGAUAAUUUAAUGAAUAAAUGUAAGAAUACAAUAAAGUUGUUCAAAGAAGGAAAAGAAAAGAUGUUUGAUGAAAAUUCUCAUUACAGAAGAAAUUUGACUAAACUUAGCUUAGUGUUCUCACAUAUGCUAGCGGAAUUAAAAGCCAUUUAUCCGAAUGGAUCAUUUGCAGGAGAAAAUUUCCGCAUUACAAAAGUUGAUGCAGCAGAAUGGUGGAAGAAAUCAUUUGGUGAUAGAACAAUAGUGACGUGGAAGUUAUUCCGACAGACGUUGAAUGAAGUACAUAAUAUCAGCUCUCCGCUCGAGGCAAUGGCGCUGAAGUCAACGAUUGACCUGACCUGUAAUGAUUACAUCUCAUGCUUUGAGUUUGAUGUAUUUUCAAGGUUAUUCCAGCCAUGGUGUAAUUUGUUACGGAACUGGAAUGUGUUGGCGGUCACUCAUCCUGGUUAUGUAGCGUUUCUUACAUAUGAUGAGGUCAAAGGUCGACUUCAAAAAUACGCCAAUAAGCAUGGCAGCUAUGUGUUUAGACUAAGUUGUACACGUCUAGGACAAUGGGCGAUAGGCUAUGUGACAUCAGACGGACACAUUUUACAGACAAUCCCACAGAAUAAAUCACUGUGUCAAGCCUUACUGGAUGGACAGAGAGAAGGAUUUUUUUUGUACCCAGAUGGACGAUCAAUCAAUCCAGAUCUGAGUUAUCUGGUACAGGACUCGCAGGAGGAUCAUAUCAAGGUGACACAGGAACAGUAUGAACUGUACUGCGAGAUGGGCUCAACAUUUCAGCUGUGUAAAAUAUGCGCGGAGAAUGACAAAGAUAUCAAAAUAGAACCUUGCGGUCACUUACUAUGUACACCUUGUUUGACACAGUGGCAGGACUCUGAGGGUCAGGGCUGUCCAUUUUGUCGGUGUGAGAUUAAGGGGACAGAAUCUGUCGUCGUCGACCCGUUUGAUCCUCGUUUAACGUCGAGUCGACUGGACUGUAGCAACAUCACCACCAGUAAUAAUACACAUACAACCACAGAACCUGAUGAAGGGGAGGAAACUGAGACAACAAAGUACUCUCCCUUUGAUUCACCAAACUUACGCCGUCACGAUCUUCCACCUCCUGUUCCUCCGCGGAGAGUCUCACCAAAUCCGUCUCCCAAUGUUUCUCCGACAACUUCCCCCAAGCUUCCAAGGCGUCAGUUGCCACCAGCUCCAGCAUUUGCCGAUAAACAAGAUCAGAUAACGGGACAAAUUUCUCCGUCAGUACAACAGCAGAAACCUGUAGAGAAACAAUCAGAUACUGGAGUAUCAUAUGCAGAGCUUCGUUACGAAGUGCCAAACAUUAGUACGAAACCAGAGCGCAUGGAGACCGCGUACAGUGCCCCGCCCCCGGGCGUUCACCCCGUCAAUCCUUCUGAACACUCACAAGCACAUACAUCAAACAUGCAAGGAGGGACUAUUUUCUCUGUGACAGGAAACACCAAGCCACCUAUGUACCGUGUACCCAGUGAGUAUGAUGUACCCCCGCUUCCAGCUCCAAGAGGGCGUAAUACACCAACGUUAGACACAAAAAGCCCUGAUGCAAGCAGUUCAACAGACAUACCAUUGCCGGCUAGGCGCGAGAGAUUACGAGAAAAUCACGAUGUAAAUAAAGAAAACAGUAUAUUAGACAGUAUUAAUGAAGAACACGUAGAAGCCCUAGUUGGUAAAGGAUAUAAUCGACUAAAAGUCGUUGAAGCGUUACGAGUUGCUAAAAAUAACAUGGCAAUGGCAGAGGAGAUUUUAGAGACGUUUGUAAAACAGACUUAGCGUAGAAGGCUCAAAAAAUAAAAAUUGUGCUAUAGUAUAUAAUUGAUAUCUAUUUUCUUAUAUAAGAUUUUUUUUAUAUAUAUAAAAGUGCUGGAUCCACCAAUUUUUUUUUCUUUUUUUGAGGUAUACCAGCCAUUUUGUCGAUCAUUGUCUAUUGUAUAGAAUCAUGUACUAAAAACAUUAACAUUCUUUUUUGUAUUUUCUUCUUUAGGCUUUUUGACAAACUUUGACAUACAGUAUCUUACAAUAUAGGCAAUAACCUAUCGUCUGUAUAUAAAAUGACAAAAAUAUUUUAAUGGAUGUGCUGGAAAAUGUGAACAAAGGUAGUCGUUUCCUAAUUUUGAUCUGUUUGGAUGAAACAAGAAGAAUUCUAGUAACUGAGGCAUUUGAUAGUUAUGCAUUUAUAAGAAAAAAGUGUUCUGUACUUAGUUUUGUAAAUGCAAUAAUUUUAGAACAGUUGUGAGUCUUAUGGAAUGACCGAAUGAGCUACCAACAAGCUGGCAGUAAUGGAACUUGAAUUGUCGUGUUUCAACUCAGUACAGUUUCAUAUGUAUAAAUUGUACUAAAAAGUGUAACAGACGCAAAACAAUUGGUUAUAAAAGUAGUAAUUUGAUUAUAUAGAUCGGUAAUGAAACUAAUGUAUAUAAUUUUGUAUUGCUUUUACAUGAAAAAAAAAAUGACCAUACAAAGUUGUACUCACUUCAAGUUUUGAACAAUAUUUGUUAACAUUUUCUAACACAUUUCUUUACAUGAGUCAUUCCUCAUUUCAUAUGAACAGUUUUUUUUUUUUUUUACCAAUUAGUUACUUCUUGCAAUAGGUGAACACAUUUAAGUUUCAUUCAUUUUUGCUGGCUAUCAGAAUUUUUAAGAAAAAAUAAGAGUGUUUUAACUUGGUAUCUUGAAUUAAAGUUUCUAACUUUUUAAGGUAUGAAAAAUUAAAACAUUGCAGGGAGGAAAUGCAUCACUUUACCAACUACUCUUAGUAAAUCUUUUUUCUAGACAUACAUAGAAAGGAAAUGUAUAAAGUUUUCAUUAUGCAUUUAUUAAAUCUAUUUUCUAAGAAGGAAAUGCAUAAAGUUUACUAGUUUGAAAAUUCAAUAUAAAAUUAUUUUUUUACUAGACUACAUAGAAAGGAAAUGCCAAACAUUUUCCUCCUUGCCAAAAUAAACACAGGACUUUGCAGGUCUGUCUUUGAGCAAUGCUGUCAACACAAAAACGCAGAAAAAGUUUUCCAUGUAAAUACUCUCAUGUGUAGGCCAUCAUGUUAGCUAACAUUGACAAGAUUGAUUGAAAUAUGGACUGAUUUUUAAAAAAGCCCUGAAAAUAAACAAACUUGAACAGUUGUUUAAUCUACUGACCCACUCAUGGUCGUUUUAAUACAAAAAAAAAAACAACAACAUAAAUAUGAAAUAACAGCACAGAUGUAUAUAUCUAGAUGAAACUGGAUGGUAAAUUUUUUCACACUCUCAGGAAUAUGAGCUUAUUGCAAGUGUCACACUUUAUCCUACAGUGUCUUCAUUUUUUUCUGAGGCAAAAGAUAUUCCAACAAAAAAAAACAACAGUUUGGCCAAGGGUCAAGGGGGAUAAUUUAAUCUACAGGCUGAAAAUAAAUGGAUUUUGACAGCAUUUCAACCGACGAUAUGGAUUGCCAAUCUGUUAAUAAUGAAAACCCUGUAUCAUGUUAUAAUGUUUACACCAUUGCUUCAAGAUAUUUUGUCAACAAUGGUCUUAAAUAAGAACUUCAAGCGGCAUUCUUUUUAGAUGCGACUAUACUGUUAUCUGGGCACCUAAAAAUCAAGAUUGCAUUAUAAUAGAACUAUAUCAUUAAGCUUUCGUCACUUGUAUCAAGUGAUAAGAGCAAGAUUUGUGCUGGAAGUAAAGUAAUUGCACUUUAUAUUCUAAGUUUCAUGCUCAUGCACGUUCACCGACUUUACAGCUAUUACCCCUGGUCAUCGGGCUACUGGUAUCUAUCUAUCAAUCUCCCUGGGGAGUCUUUUAACUCCGCUUAGUGCAGCCGACACUUUGGCGCAACGGAAUUAUACCACCCUCGCAGGUACCCAUUUACACGUGGUUGAAGUGAAGCAAUCGCAGGUAAAUUUCUUGCUCAAGGAAAUUAGCAGUGCCCCUGGUGGGGUUCAAACCCGGGACCUCUCGAUCCCUAAGCGUGCGUCCUACCACUGGACUACUGCUCCUGUUACAUCUUUCCAUGUACAUGUAAUCCUGUAUUUAAAACAAAGAAUAAGCUUGAUAAUCCCUCUUUUUUUUAAAAAGUAAUCAAAUGUUUCUAGCAAAGUUUAUAAAAGAUACAUCAUGAUAAUAACUAUCUGUAAAAUACAGGUGAUUUUCUUCUGAAAGUUUUCAAAUUUUUAUGACAUCAGAAACCAUCAUGAGUGGGUUUUGAAGCUUAGAAUAUCUACAGCAUAUUUUAUCACUCCAUUUUCAUUCUUAUUAUUGAAGUAUAACAAAGCAAAAUUUUGAUUUCAUUUAAUAUUUUCACAAUUUUUUUUUUUAUUUUAUAUCAAACAUGAAAAAGUACUCAUUUUGUAUAGACUUGUAUCAUUAUUUUUUUUUUCUUUGUCAUUUUUGUGUUUUUUUUCGCCCUCCCCUUAAAAUUUAUUGUUUUGAUUCUGUUGAUCAGAAUAAAGAAUUCUAUAUGUGAUAUCAUUAUCUUAUUGAUGUAUACAUGUUCAACUUUAUUAACUUAUUUCAUGUGCUAUUUUCUAGAGAUCUUUGACCCGCGUUUUGUACGCCCAUGUACGAUUUCUUUUGUAAAAUAUUUUUUCUUUAUUUUUUCUUUGUCUAGUGCUGUGUAUAGAUGGGGUUUUUUUUCUUUGUGUUAUUACAUGUUACAUCUUUCCAUGUAUAUAAUUGUACUACUUUACUGGAUAUGUUUUUUUGUAUGUUUUGUUUUUUGCUGUGAAAAAUGAUUAAAAAUAUUUUGGUGCUUUUAGGGUACAGUAUAAUAAGGCCAAAACACUUUUUUUAUUUUGAGUGAAUAAUUAUUGUAUUCUAACUAAGUGUAUUGAACAGAUAUCAGAUAGAGAAACUUUACCAGUUUAUAAAGUAUUGCCUUCUAAUUUUGCAACAGAAAACUUUUUUUUUUUUAAGAAAAAUUUAACACCAAUAAGCAUUUGAUUGUAUCAAUAUUCUUUAUAGGGAGAAUGAAGUUCUUACUACAUAUCCUUUGUAUCUACUGUAAUGUUUUUCAAACCAGUUAACAGAAAAAUGUAAUUCAUUUCUUUAAGGCCUAAGUCAUAGUUUUGAAUCCCUUGCAAGAUCUAUUAGCUUUUAUAGAACAUUGUUUCACUGUUAAUUUACAUUGACUGUCCAAUUUUCGGUCACUGAUGUAAAAUAGUCUCUGAAAAUUAUUUUCCUUAAAAAAAAAACAUAACAAAUACCAGUUAAUAAUUUAGGAUUGAUAUACAGGCUCAUUGGUGACCUAAAAAUUCUGUACAAAAAAGAUUCUUGAAUUUCGAUCAGAAUUUAAAUUCUAAUGUAUCCCUCUUCCACUGUUGCCAUGACAAUUUUGUUAGAUAAAAUGAUUAAACACUCAUUUAUUUGGAGGAUUAUGCUUUAUAUGGAAAAUUUAAAGCUAUUGGGCUUCCAAUGUGCAAUUUUAAAUGUAAAAACUGUAUCUUUUGCUUUGUAUUUUAUCAAAAUACUGACCUUUACACUUCUUUGACAUGCUUGCUUGCCUGGCUCAAUGCCGAGACCCACAUGGAAGAUCAGGGAACAGAAUGCGUAAGCCUCAUACAAUAAAGUAUGUAUAAAUACCCUAUCCCUUUAUCCAGUUUCAGAGCUGCUUAAUGAGAAUUGCACCCAGUAAAUGCACAUUUUUGAGAAUUCUAUAUAUUUAUAUAUAUUUCCAUGUUGUAAUGUUUUACAGUGUGAUGUAAAUAAUCGAAAUAUGAAAGAGGCGGUCUGGCCCUUCCCACAUGUAUAAAAUAAUAUAUUAAGGCCCUCCUACUUCUUGUACAGAUCUGGCCCCUCCCACUACUUGUACAAAAUUAUCUGGCCCCUUUCAUUACAUAUUCUUAUUUGACCAGACCCCUUCUACUGAAAGUACAACAUGCUGUGCCCCCACCCACUACAUGUGCAAACUAGUGGCCCCUCCCACUGUAUUGUACAAAAUGGGCCUGAUCCCUCCCACUUCUUGUAUUAAACCCACUACUUUCCAGUGGUCAUCUUAUACUAUAUAUAUAUAUAUAAUAAUGUUAUGCUGAUUUAUGAACAAUCAUAUAAACACUUUAUGCAUACAGUAAUUGUUAUUGUAUAGAUUUUUGAGUGACUGGAACACUUUUUCUAAGAGUAUAUGUAAAAAAAUUAAAAUUUGUUUAUAAAAAAUUUGUAUUUUCUCUUUACAAGUGUUUUUAUUAUUAUUAUUAUUAUUGAAACAGUUUGUAUAAAGGAGAGAUUUUUGUUGGGUAUUUUUCAUAGUUUGUUUCAGAGUUUAUUACCCCCUUUAUCUGCUGGAAUGAAAUGUGAUAAGCUUUGCCACCAGUGUACGGCUAGGCCAGCUUGCACACCAGUGCAGUCUGACCAGGCUCUACACAGUUGACUGAUCAACUUUAAAUAUUCUUUUCAACAUCCCCAAAAUUGAAAAUGAACUGUCUCUACAUUGGAAGCUGGACAAGUCCAUUUAAGAAAUACAGCAGUGUUAGGGUUUUGUAUACAUGUAUUUGAGAGCAAAUGUAUAAGGGGGAAAAAUGAAUCAAAAUAAUAAGCAUCACAACAACCUAGUUCCGUACUUAUUUAUUUUAAUUACGGAAUUAAAAAUUUAUAGGGUCACCUUUUGGCAGAUAAUAAUAUUGAAGGACAUGAAUUGUGAUAUGUCCAGGGUCUGUACUCUCAGUGCCGGAAAGAGCCGAUUGACCCUCAUUAAGCCUAGAAUACAUACAUACAAAAACCGCAGAAAUAAUGCAAACUGUAUGAAUGGUUGAAUUAUGAAAAAAAAAUAUCAGAAACAGAAAAGAUAUAAAGGUCAAGUAUUGAAUUUAUUAGGGAAGUAAAGUUUAUACUUAUUUUCAUAUGUAAUAGAAACUGGAAGUUCUAAAGUACAUAUUAAUGUUUUAUGUAUUAUUGUAUUUUUUUAUAAUGCAAGGAAAGAAAUUACUGAAAUUUUGUGAAACUAAAAACAGCAAAAAAUGGUUUUUCCUAUUUAUGUUUUAUAUUGCGUUUGAGGCAAUGUGACAUUGGUUACAUUAGAAAAAAAAUGAAUAUCGUUGACCUUUAGCCACUUCAGUUGUAUGACUGACCCUCUUGAGUUGACUUUGGAAUUGUUAAUUAUAUAUUAAUGUUCUUUGAAAAUUUGGUGUUACAGAUCUUAUUCCAAAUGCAGAAAGUCCUUUUAUUGCUUAAGUGAUAUUUAAGUGCUACAUUUAUUUCUGAAAUAAUUUUAAUGUUUUGUACUUUUCUCGACUCUAUUGGUGCAUUAUAGUUGACCUUUUAAGUAUCUGUUGCUCUGAUCAUGGACUGCAAUGUGGGUGAAAGACAUUAGAACUGGAAGAAAUACCAGUACGCCACUUGCCUGUCACCGCUGUGGGCUCGAAUCCCGACAGGGACUUUGGAUUCUUUCAUGUGAGGAAGCUAUCCAGCUAGCUUAUGGAACCUCGUGGUUCUACUCAGGUGCCCAUUCGUUCCUGAAAUAAUGCACGGAAGGGCGUCUUAGGUUUUCCUCAACCAGUAAAGCCGGAACGUUACCAUAUGAUCUAUACGGUGUUGGUGUGACGUAAAACCCAAUGAACAAACAAAUACCAGUACUGGAACUAUUACCAGUACUGAACUGCUAAUUCACAUACAUGUACUUGCUUAUACCACUGAAUUAGAUUACAGUUUGUGGUUUAAUCUGGUAAAUCUGUGAUAUUAACUAAUACCCUGCUGGAACCCAAAGUGAUUCCCAAUUGCCACCAGUAUAGAGCCAGGCCAGCCUGCACAACCAGGUUCAAUACUGUUGUUUUACUAUUUAAUAUUAGACAGUUCCAAAAAUGGAAGCUGGACAAAUCCAUUUUAGAAAUUCAGUGGUUAAAGAAGAUCCAACAAUGUUGAGAAAGUCUUUGAUUAGCUGGUAAUGUUAUAGAAAAACAUGCCUGUCGUAAUAGGUCAAGCAUGCCAGGACAGAUAAUGAUGUUAUAGUCAACUGUUGAUUACUUUUAGUUUGAAAGAAAUUGCAUUUUUCCCUUGAUACCCCUUGAUACUUAAAAUUAUCUCCCUUUUCCGUCUCCUUUCCCCCCCCCCCCCUUCAUUGUUUGCUAUAUCAAAAAAUUUGUUCUGUAAAUUGUCCACUUUCAUAAAAUACAUGUGAGUAUUACUGAAUUUGUGUUUCAUACAUGCCCAGUUUCAUGUUGAAACUUUCCAAGUAUAUAUAUAGAUAUAUAAUAAAACACUUUAUGUAAGAGAGCUGAAAGUGUGAAUGAUUUUACAUUGUAAAUUAUAGUAUAUAAUAAUUAUAGAUAGAAGAAUAUUUUUUGUUAUUGACUAUGUAAUGUAAGCUUACAAUUUCAACAAAAAUAAAUAAUAACAAUCAUUA